AGCGGGCGCGCGUCCUCUGCGCGUGGGGCGAGUCGGAUCCGACCGCUGCGGCGGUCGGUUCCACAGUCAAGAUCCGCUCUCUCGUCUCGCGGCCCUCGAUGAACGGCAAGGUCGGCGUCGUCGUCUCCGCAAACGCUUCGACGGCCCGCUUCGGCGUGCGCGUGGCGGGGGAGGCCAAGGCACUCGCACUGAGGCGCGCAAUGCAAUGGUAUCUCCCCGACUCGCCGGAUCCUCUCUUUGACACACCUCUGCCCUCCCUCAGGCCGGCCAACCUGCAGCCAGCGGCCGAGGCGGUGGCGGUGGGCAGGCUGGUCCUCAAGGCGGCGGAGUGGUCGCCGCAGUCGCACGAGCUCUUCCCGGAGGCGGCGCGCAAGCGGGCGGUCGAGGUGAUGCGGCUGGGCUACCUGAUCGCCUGGGACGAGGAGCGCUUCGACAGCCGCGAGGGAGCGGCUCCAGAGCUGGCGGACAUCUGGCGCGGCUUCGUGCUGCCUAGGGUGGUGGUGCGAUGAUUUGGCCCCACGUUCUUCGUAU